CUUAGGAAGCCGCACAUUUCGCGGUUUGCAGUACCGUCCACCACCACUAAGAAAUUUGGAGCCAUUGAACUCUCGAACUUUUUUUCGCUUUCCGUGACAUCGACCACCUCGACAAAUUCGUCAAACACCACACCCGAUCUUUCAGAAAUCCGAAUAACUCAGUCGCAAUGGCAAAGAUUUCGCGUGGUGCCCCCGGUGGCAAGCUGAAGAUGACCCUCGGUCUGCCUGUCGGUGCUAUCAUGAACUGCGCUGACAACUCUGGCGCCCGAAACUUGUACAUCAUCUCCGUCAAGGGUAUCGGUGCCCGUCUCAACAGACUGCCUGCUGGUGGUGUCGGCGACAUGGUUAUGGCCACCGUCAAGAAGGGAAAGCCCGAGCUCCGAAAGAAGGUCCACCCCGCCGUUAUCGUCCGACAGUCCAAGCCCUGGAAGCGAACCGACGGUGUCUUCCUGUACUUCGAGGACAACGCUGGUGUUAUCGUCAACCCCAAGGGUGAGAUGAAGGGCUCUGCCAUCACCGGACCCGUCGGCAAGGAGGCUGCUGAAUUAUGGCCCCGUAUUGCCAGCAACUCCGGUGUUGUGAUGUAAAUUGAGAGCGUUUCGAGGAAAUUGGUGAGAGGCGGAUCGACACAAACCUACCUUAUUGACGAAUCUUCACGAUUGGAAGACACCGACACGGCCAGCCACUUUCAUGACAGGCAGAGGAAGGAAUGACGCAGAUAUCUAUCGCG